ACUGAGACCACGUUCGGUUUGGGGAAUCCGGUUAGGGCGGAUUAUGAACACUUUUGGACACCAACCACCGAACCAGCAGAGCAGCCCCAUUCAGCACCACAGCGCGCAGGAGCUCCUGGACAUGGCCGUGUACUGCGACAACUACGGGGUGUACCAGCAGAACCUGCACCACCACCACCACCAUGCGCAGAGGCCGUCCACGCACCCCUCCAGCUACGGCCUCGGAGACUACACGUCCCCGUCCACGAACCCCUACCUGUGGCUGAACGGACCCGGUAUCAACUCGUCUCCUUAUCUUCCCGGGAACAACAGCUCCUCGUACAUUCAGUCUGGAUACGGGUCCAACCAGAGGCAGUUCUUACCGCCUCCAACCGGGUUCGGUGGAGCAGAUCUGGGCUGGCUGUCCAUAUCCAGCCAGCAGGAACUCUUCAAGAUGGUCAGACCCCCGUACUCGUACUCGGCCCUGAUCGCCAUGGCCAUACAGAACGCAACAGAUAAAAAGCUGACCCUGAGUCAGAUCUACCAGUACGUGGCUGAUAACUUCCCAUUCUAUAAGAAGAGCAAAGCAGGAUGGCAGAACUCCAUCCGACACAACCUGUCCCUGAACGACUGCUUCAAGAAGGUGGCACGGGAUGAGGAUGAUCCAGGAAAGGGAAACUACUGGACACUGGAUCCAAACUGUGAGAAGAUGUUCGACAACGGAAACUUCAGGAGGAAAAGAAAAAGAAGAGCUGACAUAAGCGCCGCUGACAGCACGACCCUCUCCGUUAAGUCCGAGGACGGGCCGCACAAGCUCUCCGACACCGCCAGCCUCCUAAGCUCCUCCCCGCCCAGCCUGCACGGAUCCCCGGCCUCCACGGAGCCCAAGUCGUCCCCGUCCCCCUCCGCGGAACACAGCCCGUGUUUCAGCAGCUUCGUAUCCAGCGUCAACUCGCUUCUGGCGGGGAGCGCAGACGUGCCCAGAGGCGGCGGCGGUGGCGGCGGCGGGGAGCGGGACUUCGGCUCCGGGCAUCUCGGGGGGUUGUCUCAGACAUCCAGGGAGGGCAUGUCAGGACUGGGCUCCUACUCGCCCACUUUAAUCUCUCCUCUGAACUCUGACAACAACAGAAUGAACUACUACACAUCCGUACAGAGCCUCUCCAACCAUUUCAGCGUCAAUAACCUCAUCUACAGCCGGGAAGGGACUGAAGUGUAAACUGUCCAAAAAUUAUUUAUCCUACACUUUUCCCAAGUGUCCUAAUGUUUCAGUUUUUACUCAUUUUCUUUUUUAAUUUUAGGCCUUAUCUCUUGAACAGCAAUAAAACAUUCCCCGUUUUUACGCACGAAUUACGCACGAACAUUCUUGUUAUUUCCAGACAAGUGAGGGUAGAUUUAUGACUUUUACAAAUAAACAUUUUUCAUAGACAAAGUGCCUUUCUCCCUAAUAAUUCUAUUGUAACUGUUCGGUUUGAACAUGACCCCGUACUAUGUACAGAAAUUAUUUUUCAUAAGAAGAACAAACGUGGCUUGUAUUUUGGAAUAAAAUGUUUUUUGUGUGUGUUUUAUUUAAACUCCUGUCGAUGUUUGAA